AUGGCUCUAGAUUCCUCUUUGAGUCACCUUCUCAAUGAUUUUUCCAAGGCGUAUCUGUCAUCUUGUUGAUCCUUAACAUCAAAAUCAUUGAAUAGAACAUGUAUUAUUUAUUACAAGAGGCAUUAGUAUACUGCUAUGAGCAAGGCAUUGGACAUGAAUGGGUGGCGAUGAGAACCAUGAUGAACAAGGGAUUAUCCACUAUCCUAAGCUUCUGAAAGAAGAUGAACUCAUGCCCAUAUGAAUAUUUUGAGCGCAGCAUUGAAGAAAAUAUUAGUUAGCAAAAAAAAAUUAUUUUUACAAGAAAUUAGUUGAUAAAAUGUAUUGCGAACUCCGUCUGUGUCUCAGGGGUCUGCGGCCGCCUCUCUCUCUCUCUCUCCUGAGGAUCCCAAGCGUUGGGGCGAUGAUUUCUGCGGCGGCAGCGCCAAUCGACCGCCGCCCACCAGACGUGAGUGCGGAAAAUGGAUGGAUAUCAGAAAAUCUCCCGAUCGAAUGCGCAGUUCCUGAUCACGUCCCGCUGCAAUCUCUUCUCAGGGCCUCCGGAUUAGGGUUUUCAAAGGCGAGCAGCCCCCACGGCGGCGCACGACGACGGCGCAGCCUCGCCCUCUCCGCUGCUCCCCUUCCUCCCCCAUUCUGGUGCGUUUUCCUGCCAAGGAAUCUUCUUCUCUCUUUUGGAGCUUCAUCUUCCUAAUUUCUCCAUCGAUCCUCUCCUACAGGAAAGAGGCGAUGAGCCAACAGAGAGGCCAGAUAAGGCCCUCCACGGUUUGACCCAAGAUAAUGGCAGCCGCCCUCCUCUGGUCAGCGUGCUGGGAGCCGCCGCCGAGGAAGACGUAGCUUGCUUCCAUUUCCCCGGUCACCGGAGAGGGAGUGCGGCGCCGCCGUCUCUGGCUCAGCUCAUCGGACCGGCGGCGUUCGCCCACGACUUGCCGGAGCUCACCGAGCUCGACGACCUCUUCUCCCCCCGGGGGGCCAUCCUGCAAGCCCAGAGAGAGGCCUCGAAACUUUUCGGGUCGUCGGAGACAUGGUUCCUCGUCGGCGGCACCACCUGCGGCGUCCAGGCCUCCGUCAUGGCCACCUGCUCCCCCGGCGAGACCCUCAUCCUCCCCCGGAACUCCCACAUCUCCGCCACCUCUGCCAUGGUCAUCUCGGGCGCGGUGCCCAAGUACGUCCUACCGGAGUACGACCCCCACUGGGGUAUUGCCGGCGGCGUCUCCCCGUCGCAGGUAGCGGCGGCGAUGGGGGACCUGGCCCGGGACGGGAAGAGGCCCGCCGCCAUGCUAGUGACUUCUCCGACGUACCACGGGAUCUGCAGCCGAGUGGGUGAGAUCGCCGGUCUCUGUCACCUCGCCGGUGUGCCGCUGGUGGUCGACGAAGCUCACGGCGGCCACUUCAAGUUCCACCGGGAGUUCCCCGCCGCGGCCAUGGAGCAGGGCGCCGACCUGGCCGUGCAGUCCACCCACAAGGUGCUCUGCUCCCUGACCCAAUCGUCGAUGCUGCACCUUGCCGGUGAUAUGGUCGACAGGGACCGGGUGGGGAGGUGCCUCCAGGCCCUGCAGAGCUCCAGCCCCAGCUACCUGCUUCUCGCUUCUCUCGACGCUGCCAGAGCUCAGCUCAGCGAGAACCCGGCAGGAAUCUUCGACGAAGCCGUGGCCUUGGCCAGCGAAGCCAGGGACCGGAUCGGGAAGAUCGCCGGAAUCUCUGUCCUCGGCAGCUCCGGCGAGUUUUCUGGGUCGCCAGUGAUGGACCCUCUGCGGGUGACCGUACUCGUUGCGGGGCUCGGCAUCUCCGGCUACGAGGCCGAUGAGAUCCUGGCGGAGGAGCACCGGAUCCUCUCCGAGCUUGCAGGGCCCAGCACGGUGACCUUCGCCAUCAAUCUGGGGACCCGCCGGGAGGACGUGGAGAGGCUCGCCGCCGGGCUGGGCCGCCUGUCGGCUUCGGCGGGGGAAGGAAGCCGCGAGGUUCAAGAUAGCAGCGGCCGGAGGAGGGCGGCGCCAUUGGAGGUUCCCUUUGAGGUCCCCUCGGUGGCGCUGAGCCCCAGGGAGGCGUUCUUCGCCCGGAAAAGGAAGGUGGAGGUCCGGCGGAGCGCCGGCGAGGUGUGCGGUGAGCUCAUCUGCACGUACCCGCCGGGGAUUCCGGUGCUGGCCCCGGGGGAGGUUAUAACAGAGGAGGCCCUCGAGUUCCUGCUGGAGGCGAGGGAGAAGGGCGCCGCCAUCAGUGGAGCCGCCGAUUGCCAACUCUCCUCCAUAGUCGUCUGUGACUCCUGA